UUUUGCGACUGUUUAAUCAUAUCAGUUUCUGUUCAGUCAGCGGAUACAACCAAAAACAAUCCAUCCAAGAUGUUCAAGUUUUUCGCUCUGUGCCUGUGCGCCCUGUUGGCCGUUGCCUGUGGCAAGCCGCAGUUCCUGACCGCCUACAGUGCGGCCUCCCCCCUGGUGGCUGCCUCGCCGUACGCCUACUCCAGUGGCCUCUACGCCUCCCCGUACAGUGCGGCCUACACCAGCGGCGUCUACGCCACGCCCUACGCCUACGGAGCCUACAGCCCCUACAGCAGCGCCCUCUACCUGAGACGCUGAAGCGGGUGCACACCGUACUUGGAUAAUUCCUGACGACGACGACCUAAUGAACAAAUAAACCUGAUAAAACAGAUAAAGAUUCACAGACCAAAGGCCAGCUAUUUGCUGUCAUUUGCUUUGAGCAACUGCAGAUUAAAAGGGGGCUAAAAAAUGGGAGUGGCCAGGCCCCGCACUCGAAAAAAUGCACUCGUUAAACAAUAUUGCACUCUUAAACACACUGGAAAAAUACAACAAAAAAUUGGCAACAAUAAAAGACCAAAAACAUUUCAAAA